AUGCAAUUCUCAAUUAUCGCUCUUACUUCCAUUUUUGCUGCUGCUGUCUCUGCUGCACCAACUGGAACCUCCUCUGAACUUGAAUCAGUUCCAACUCAAGUUUCUUCUCAAGAUGGAGGAUUUGAAUUCCCUGAAGAUGCAAUUUCCUCUGUUUACACUUUGGACACUGAUGAAACUUUCAUCGUUGUAGAUGCUGAAGGUCUUCAACAACUUCUCAUCGUUAACACUACCAUCUUCGAAAGUUAUCCUCCAAGUGUUCAAAAGAGAGAAGCUAAGUGGUACUGGCCAGGUCGUUUGCCAUACGAACCAAUCUUGAAGAGAGAAGAUGGUCAAGAACUUCUCGCUAAGAGAGAAGCUAAGUGGUACUGGCCAGGUCGUUUGCCAUACGAACCAAUCUUGAAGAGAGAAGAUGGUGAAGAACUGCUCGCUAAGAGAGAAGCUAAGUGGUACUGGCCAGGUCGUUUGCCAUACGAACCAAUCUUGAAGAGAGAAGAUGGUGAAGAAUUGCUCACUAAGAGAGAAGCUAAGUGGUACUGGCCAGGUUGUUUACCAUACGAACCAAUCUUGUGA